GCGGUUCCGGACAACGCCUGGUGUGUGGUAACGCCGCGGAUCUUCCUCCUCCUCCUCCUCCUGCUGCUGCUGCUGCUCCUCGCGGGCGCUUCCGGCGCGGCGGCGGCGGCGGAGCCCCUCGGGAGCGGCGGGGCCGGGGCAGGGCCCCGGGCUGUGCCCCCUUCGGGACUGAGUCAGGGCAGGUGCUCAGGGCUGGGUGUCCCAUUAAGUUGCUCACUGAACUGGACAAGAGAUUUUCCAAGUUCCUUCAAGUAUUCUUGCACAACGAGGAAAAAGAAGAGACAUUUCAGUGAAUGAGGAGUUUUUUGCUUCUAUAGUGUUUUCCUUGAGAAGUGGCUCUUUGAAUGAGGAUGACAAUGGAAGAGAUGAAGAAUGAAGCAGAGACCACUUCUAUGGUUUCCAUGCCUCUCUAUGCUGUUAUGUACCCUGUCUUUAAUGAGCUAGAAAGAGUAAAUCUGUCUGCAGCUCAGACACUGAGAGCAGCUUUUAUUAAGGCUGAAAAAGAAAAUCCAGGUCUUACACAGGACAUCAUCAUGAAAAUCCUGGAGAAAAAAAGUGUGGAUGUGAAUUUCACAGAGUCUCUUCUGCGAAUGGCAGCUGAUGAUGUAGAAGAGUAUAUGAUUGAAAGACCUGAACCUGAAUUCCAAGAUCUUAAUGAAAAGGCACGAGCACUUAAACAGAUUCUUAGUAAGAUUCCAGAUGAGAUCAAUGACAGAGUGAGGUUUCUUCAGACAAUCAAGGACAUUGCAAGUGCAAUAAAGGAGCUUCUUGACACAGUAAAUAAUGUCUUCAAGAAAUACCAGUACCAGAACCGGCGGGCACUUGAGCACCAAAAGAAAGAGUUUGUAAAAUACUCCAAAAGUUUCAGUGAUACUCUGAAAACCUAUUUUAAAGAUGGAAAGGCAAUAAAUGUGUUCAUAAGUGCCAACCGACUAAUUCAUCAAACCAACUUGAUACUGCAGACCUUCAAAACUGUGGCCUGAAAACUGUAUAUGUUGAGAGUUGUACUUUUCAAUGGUGGAUAGGGUACCUUUAUAUGUAAAUUUUAAAGUUUUGACUGUAUAAAUUAUCAGCCCCUCUCUAGGGGCCUAAUGCAGGAUUUUGAAUGGGAUUAUUGCCAUCUUACACCAUAUUUUUGUAAAACAUUGUAGCUUAAUCAUAAUCUCACAAGAAAGAUUUUGCAUCACUUUUUUGCUAUUAUCAUUCUUUUCAGAAUUAUAAGCCAAAAGAAUUUACGCCUUAAUGUGUCAUUAUGUAACAUUCCUUACAAGAAUUGUAAAUAUUUGGUGUUCUGUUUCUGACAUUUUAACUUGAAAGCGGAAAACUGCAAGAUUAUGUAUUUAACAAUAUUGGUGGCAAAUAUUCAAUAAAUAGUUUACAUCUGUUA